UCACAGUACACCGGUUAGACGUUUUUUAGUAGAGGACAAUUUUUUAUCCGAGCUUUUUGAACGCGAAUAGGAAGAUAGAGAAUUUGCUAAAAUUUUUACUAUUUAAUUAUUCAACCUACACUUCUUACGCACUUUAAAAUUUAUACCUGCAACGGGACCAAAAAUUAUAGCGCUUUUAAAGUAAUAUGCAAUAUACAAAUCUAAGAUUCUUCAGAUAGCUUUACGAUAAUUAUUACAGCAGUGAAAAUCGCGUGAAAAUAUUGUGCAAUUGGGUAAUCAUAGAGAGGCCGAAUUAAUUCGCACUCUAAAAAAUUAGACACUGAAAUCAAAGCAGCCCUGAACGAAGCGAGACCGAAGUAAUAACGUUAAAACGGAAAUACGAGGAAGAAGAAAUGCCGCCUCCAACCGCGCCGAGGAAGGAUUCCGAGGCAAUUCGCAUGGACUCCCUCGGGAAAACUUCCGCUUCUAGACCUCCAGGCCAGAACGGAAAUGCGAACACGGAAAUACCGGGAAAUUCAGGGGACAGCAACACCGGGCUGCACAAACGGAGUAUAUAUGAGCAGAAUGGAGUUGCCGUGUGUUCGCAGAAGAGAGCAUUGUGCAUCGCGACAGUCGUCUUUGCAAUCCUCUUCGCCAUAUCUUUGAUCAUCGCUUUCGCCGGUCCGCAAAACGAUUGUCCUUGUGCCGGAGAAAAACCAGCGAAUCUCGAAGCUGAGGAUGAGGGUGACGACGGUGGACCCUUCGCUACCAAUGGAGAGGUCUUCCCGUGGAACAAUGUCAGGCUACCAACCUUUGCACAUCCGACGAGGUACAACAUCACGAUUCACCCAAAUCUAACGACGCUGGAAGUUAAAGGCCAAGUAACCAUCGAGUUCUACGUCGACAAAGAGACCAAUUUCAUCGUCUUCCAUAGUAAAAAUUUGACAAUAAAUGAAAAGAUGAUCCAGGACCGGAAAGGUCACCGUCUCAAGAUUUCUCAACUAUUAGAGUACCCAAAACACCAACAGCUUUACUUAGAAUUAGAGGAGAGUAAAUUUCGCAAGAGAGGAAACUACUCGGUGCAUCUCAGGUUCACUUCCAAGCUCGGAAAUGAACUUGAAGGCUUCUAUCUCAGCAGCUACGUUACAGCGGACGGGGAUAAGAGGCAUCUAGCCACGACGCACUUCGAGCCGACUUACGCAAGAUCGGCAUUCCCGUGUUUCGACGAGCCCCAAUUCAAGGCAAAGUUCAAAAUGUCCAUAUUCCGGGACAGGUUUCACAUAGCUUUGUGCAACAUGCCCGUCGUCAAUACCGAGGAUGCCGGAUUUUAUAUGGGAACCGGGUUGAACAAAUCGUGCUCACAGCUCCGGGACGAUUUUCAAGAAUCUGUCGAAAUGUCAACGUACCUGGUCGCUUUCGUCGUCUGCGAUUACAAACGAGUCACCGAGAUGACCUCGAGGAACGUUUCCGUCAGCGUUUACGCACCAGAGGCGAUGCUGCCGCAGGCUCAAUUCGCCGUCACAACAGCGGCGAAAAUAAUGGACUAUUUCGAGACUUACUUCGGGAUCCAUUACCCGCUGCCUAAGCAGGACCUGAUAGCGAUACCCGACUUCGCCGCAGGCGCGAUGGAAAACUGGGGCCUGAUAACUUACAGGGAAACCUCGAUCCUCUACGACCCGGAAGAAACGUCGACCGCGGCUCACCAAUGGGUCGCCAUCGUCGUUGCCCACGAGUUGGCCCAUCAGUGGUUUGGCAACUUGGUCACGAUGAAGUGGUGGAACGAUUUGUGGCUGAACGAGGGCGUCGCCAGCUUCCUCGAGCACAAGGGCGUCGACCACGUCGCUCCCGAAUGGGGGAUGAUGAACCAAUUCAUCCUCGACAAGACCCAAUCCGCCCUCAACCUCGACGCCUUGGCCAGCAGCCACCCGAUCAGCGUCCCUGUAAAAGAUCCGUCGGAGAUCGAGGCCAUAUUCGACACCAUAAGCUACAACAAGGGCGCGGCGAUUUUAUACAUGCUGGAGGAGUUUCUUCUGGAGGAGGUCAUGAAGAAGGGGCUCAACGACUAUCUCAAUACCCACAAAUACGGGAACGCUGACACCAAUGACUUGUGGGCCGUUUUCACCAAGCAUGCGAAUCACUCUUUCGAUGUCAAGAGUAUAAUGGACACCUGGACCCAGCAAAUGGGCUUUCCACUGAUAACGAUCAGUCGCGAGGGCAACACGAUACUCGCUACUCAAAAACGGCUGCUUUUAUCACCUCGUGAAAACGACACCGAUCUCUUGACGCCGAAAUCGCCGUUCGAUUACAAGUGGUAUGUUCCGCUGAGCUACUACACGAACUUGCAGCCCCGAGUGACGACGAACGUUUGGAUGAACCUGACAGAUGUGUCCUUCGAAGUACCUCCCGAGGUGGAAUGGAUCAAGGUUAACGUUAAUCAGACAGGAUUUUACCGGGUAAAUUACUCAGACGAUAUGUGGACCUCGAUAAUAACGACGCUACACAACAACCAUACCGUUUUCACCCCCGCCGAUCGGGCCAGCCUCAUCGACGACGCCUUCACCCUCUGCAGGGCAGGGAUUCUAAACGCGACUAUACCUCUGAAGCUCUCCCUCUACCUCCUGAACGAACGUGAUUUCGUCCCUUGGUCCACGGCCAUCGAGCACUUGGAAUCCUGGUCCAAGAUGAUGAGCGAGACCGCUGGCUUCAAGAAGUACAUCGCCUUCGUGAAGACGUUAUUGGGACCCGUUACCACCUACGUUGGUCUCAACGAUACGGGAUCCUAUUCGACCAGACUGCUUCGGAGCAACGUCCUUCAAGCAGCGCUAAUCGCGAACAUCGAUGGUAUCGUAAAGCCGGCAAAACUGUUGUUCAAAAGCUGGAUGGAAAAGGGUACUCGGAUACCACCGAAUCUUCGAGACCUCGUUUACGCCGCUGGGAUAAAGUAUGGUGGGGAAAAGGAGUGGAACUACUGCUGGAACAUGUACAAGAAAACGCAGAUCCCGAGCGAAAAAGUCAUCCUUUUGAAGUCACUCGGCCAGUCUAUGGACCCGUGGAUUCUGCAACGUUUCUUGCUUGCAUCUCUUGACAGGGAGGAAAUCAGGCCACAGGAUGUGGAACCUGUCAUUGCGGUCGUCGCCCACAAUCCAGAGGGCCAAUUUCUCGCGUGGCGACAUCUCAAAGCGUAUUGGCCAAAAUUUCAAUCCAUGUUCGGCAACGGCACCUUCACCCUCAGCGGAUUCAUUACAGUUGUUACUUCGACGUUCUGCACCGAAUACGAUCUCCAGGAGGUUUCGGAGUAUUUCAAAAAGGUUGAAGUGGGCAGCGGCCAGCGAGCCUUGGAACAGAGCUUGGAGACCAUAAGGUUGAAUAUUCACUGGGUGAAGGAGAACGCGGAGACCAUCAAUCAGUGGUUGCACAAUUAUUUGAAAAUCGAUAAAAGCUAGGUGAGGAAUUAGCACGAACGAAGGUAAAUCUAUAAAUUAUUUUAAAAGCCUUAAAUUACGGCGGAAAAAUUCAUUCACUAUAAAUGUCUGAAAGUAAGCAACAUGAAAAAAGCUAGUCCAGAAUUUUUAUAUCCUUUAAGGAUACCGAUGUGAGGGUCAAUAGCGAAUUUAUAUUUACGAUAAAAAUCAGAAUAAAUAAAUAUUAGAUCGAUAAACAAUUGUGAGAAAUGA